AAUCGGCUGUCUUCGGUAAACAUCGUGUUUUGUCGUCAUUUACGACUCUGCCAAGGAUGGAGGAAGAGGCAAGAAGGCUAUUGAACGAAGGGAUCAGUAAAAAAUUGAUUAGCCCGGGUAAAGGACAGCUUUCAACCUUCCCCGAUGGAACAAAGGUGGUCUUCCACUACCGCACCAGCCUGUGUGAUGGCACCAUGCUGGAUGACUCCAGGAACAUGGGUGGAUGCAGCAAACCAAUGGAGCUCAUCUUGGGCAAGAAGUUUAAGCUAGCUGUGUGGGAACAAGUGAUCAUCAGUAUGAGAGAAGGAGAAAUUGCAGAUUUCACAUGUGACACCAAACACACCGCACUCUACCCGCUGGUGUCCCAGUCACUGAGGAACAUCAGCAUUGGGAAAGACCCCCUGGAAGGCCAGCGGCAUUGCUGUGGCAUUGCUCAGAUCCAUUCCCACCACUCGCUGGGCCACAAAGACCUGGAUCACCUUCAGGCUAACCCACAGCCUCUUGUCUUCACCAUUGAGCUGAUGCAGGUUCUUCCUCCGGGCUCAUUCCAACUCGAUGUGUGGGCAAUGACAGAUGAGGAGAAGCUGGACUCCGUGCCUCACAUGCACGAGGAGGGCAACAUGCUCUUCAAGCAAGGCCAAAUACAGGAGGCCACGGACAAAUACUACAACGGCAUCGCCUGCCUGAAAAAUCUACAGAUGAAGGAACACCCAGGAGAUGAAGUGUGGAUCAAGCUGGACCACAUGAUCACACCUCUUCUCCUCAAUUACUGUCAGUGCAAGCUACUUCAAGGCCACUACUACGAAGUUAUCAAGCACUGCUCAUCCCUCACAUUCAAAUACGAGGACAACGUAAAGGCCUUUUACAAGCGAGCGAAGGCCCACGCAGCGGUGUGGAAUGAGACGGAGGCCCGAGCGGACUUUGCCAAGGUGUUGGAGCUGGACCCGUCUCUCGGACCAUCGGUCAACAAGGAGCUGCGAGCCUUGGAGGACCGCAUACGAACCAAGGAGAAGGAGGAGAAGGGGCGCUACAAAGGCCUGUUCAACGACAACUCACCACCGCCAACUGCUACCACAGGUUGAAGGAGUGGAAUGAGAAGACGCCUGUGAAUUUCAAGACAAAAGCAUAGCAAACACCGCAUGCUGGUGUUUGAGUUUGAGUCACACUCACAAGACAAACUCUGCCCUCCAUUAGACACUCAAUGUUUGUAUCUCCCUUGGAGUGUUUCAUUGCCGAUAGCAACUCAAGGCCUCAAGCAUCUCGGUUGCAUGUACUUUUCUGUUCCCUCAUGUAAAACGCUGUUAGGUGCCACACAAGCCAUUUUGAUGCACUCUCUUACUUUUUUCUAAUUACUGCUAAAUUGGGAAUAUUAGACAGCUUUUUGUCUCUUUGGAGUUCAAUCUCGGGGUCAGCAAUCGGGAGUGCUUUCUUCUCGUCAAUUUACCUGGCAGAUGGAGACGUUGACAAUCAUAACACAUUUGGACGUUGUUUUCUUCUUUAUUCUUAGUUCACGUGAACAACCUAUUUGGUUUGUUUCUUUACUUUGUGUCACUCUGUGGAAACAAUUGUUGAAUGUGAAACUGGAUGUGUCUUACCCUCAUCAAAUGUCACACAAGCACCAAUUGUGUAAUCCUAAUAAACGUGUUUAUUCAUGCA